UAAGAAUCCAGAAAGGCUGAGAAAGAAAGAAUCAAUCACAAAACCACAUUCACAUAGCAAUAGCAUCAACACACACAUUAUUAGAGAGAAGAAGAAAAACCAAAGAGUGAGUGAGAAGAAGAAAAAUGGGAGCAGAGCCCUUGUCUAAGAACAAGGUUGCACUUGCACAAGCUCCCUUCGUUCUGGGGCUCCAACCUUCAGCACUUGUUGACCACGUGGCACGUGUGGAUUGGUCCUUGCUCGAUCAAAUCCUCGGUGAACAUGGUGGCUCCAUACCUGUACUCACCCCCACAUCACUACUUUUCUUCCUUUUUACUAAUUUCUACCCUCCAUUGUUUUUAUUUUUAUUAUUACUAGACCACCCACUAGAGGUUGAGCUUGGAGAGCUUGAAUACAUACUGAGGGAGGUGAAGAUUCAUGUUGUCUCAUGCCAUGACAAUGACAAUGACAAUGAUGAUGAUUAUCCUUCUUCUCACAUUAAGACCUUGGCUGGAGGAAGUGUUGCAAACACGAUUCGAGGACUGAGUAAUGGGUUUGGAAUUUCUAGUGGAAUCAUUGGGGCGUGUGGGGAUGAUGAGAAAGGUAAGUUGUUUGACCAUAACAUGAGCUCCAAUGGAGUUGACCUCUCUAGACUCAGAAAGAAGAAAGGACACACAGCACAGUGUGUUUGUUUGGUUGAUGACUUGGGAAACCGUACCAUGCGACCCUGUCUCUCUAAUGCUGUGAAAGUUCAGGCAGAGGAAUUGACCAAAGAGGAUUUUAAAGGCUCCAAGUGGUUGGUGUUAAGAUAUGCAAUACUUAAUUUGGAAGUUAUUAAAGCAGCCAUUCUUUUAGCAAAACAGGAAGGUCUUCUUGUUUCCUUGGACUUGGCCAGCUUUGAGAUGGUUAGGAAUUUCAAACAACCACUUCUGAAGCUACUGGAGUCUGGGAAUAUAGACCUUUGCUUUGCCAAUGAGGAUGAGGCAACAGAGCUUCUACGGGGCGAACAAAAUGCUGAUCCAGUAACUGCUGUAGAAUUUCUUGCCAAAUACUGCCAAUGGGCCGUAGUAACACUGGGUCCUAAUGGAUGCAUUGCUAAACAUGGAAACGAGAUUGCACGUGUCCCGGCAAUUGGAGAAGCAAAGGCAACUGAUGCAACAGGGGCAGGGGAUCUUUUUGCAAGUGGAUUUUUGUAUGGAGUGAUCAAAGGUCUGUCACUUGAAGAGUGCUGCAAAGUGGGCGCAUGCAGUGGUGGGUCUGUUGUUCGCUCUCUUGGCGGCGAAGUCACUUUGAAGAAUUGCCACUGGAUGUACAAACAAAUGCAAAUAAAGGAUCUUCCCACGCCUGAGAUAUCCAAAUAACUAAUGAAUAGUCUCAAUGAAAGAAAGAAAGUUGCUUGCUUCAAUGUUUCUUUUGUCUUUCUUUCUUUACAUUUCAUCUUUUGCCACUAAAUGGCAGCUAUUGUUCCAGUUGUGUACUGGUUUGAUUAAUGAAUGCAAGCAAGCCUUAACAAAUUCCACGGAAGAAACACACAAGUAUACUUGAGCCUCGAA